GAUAAGCUGUCACUUUUGUCUCUUCCCAUACAAAUCCCCAGCUUCUCUUCCUUUAAGUGACUAACAAACCACACAUACAAACCCACACCCAGUACUUUUAACAUUCAAUAUUUUCUCGGCGUACGUGAUGAUGAACGUUAACAUGGAUUCUAAGACAAGAAGGAAGCAGCAAAGAUGGUACACACAAACCUUGACACCUCUAAUUGAAGGUCCUGACCCUGAUAUGCAAGAAGAAGGAAACAAAAGAGAGAGUUCUUGGGAGAUCAUCCGUGAAUGGUUCAGGGUCCAAAAAGGCCUCUCCAACAACAACAACUUGUCGGCUUCUUCUUUCAUUGGCAGCAUUCAAGCCAAGAGACAAGAUUUGAGGCUUUUACUUGGUGUUUUGGGUUGUCCUUUAGCCCCCAUUCCUCUAGUGACCAAUGACCCAAUUCAUCAUCUUCACAUUAAAGACAUCCCAAUUGCGAAUUCUGCGGCGCAUUACAUAAUACAGCAAUAUCUGGCGGCGACGGGGUGUUUAAAGCAGCAAAAAUGUGCCAAGAACAUGUACGCGACGGGAAUUGUGAAAAUGAUUUGUUGCGAGACAGAAAUAUCUUCGGGGAAGAAUGUGAAGAGUUUGGGGAAUAGGAGUAGUGAAAAUGGGUGCUUUGUGUUGUGGCAGAUGUUGCCUGGCAUGUGGUCACUUGAGCUGGUUGUUGGUGGAAAUAAGGUCAUCGCCGGCAGCGAUGGGAAGACGGUGUGGCGGCACACGCCGUGGCUCGGCACCCAUGUGGCCAAGGGCCUUCAACGCCCAUUGCGUCGCAUCAUUCAGGGGCUAGAUCCAAAGAGCACAGCAAGGUUAUUUGCCAAAGCACAAUGUCUAGGGGAGAAACGGAUUGGAGACGUGGAUUGUUUCGUGCUGAAAGUGGCCGCCGAUCAGGCAACGGUGAUGGAAAGGAGCGAGGGUCCGGCGGAGAUGAUUAGGCAUGUAUUGUAUGGUUAUUUUUGCCAAAAGAGUGGACUCCUAAUAUACCUAGAGGACUCACAUCUAACAAGGGUGCACACACAAGAAAAUCAAAACGAGGACACAAUCUAUUGGGAAACAACAAUUGGAAGUAGCAUUGGUGAUUAUAAGGAUGUGGAUGGCAAGUUAAUUGCUCAUCAAGGGAGAACCAUCGGGACAGUUUUCCGGUUCGGAGAAAUGUCGGUGCAACAUAGCAGGACUAGAAUGGAAGAGAUAUGGAGGAUUGAUGAUGUUGUGUUUGAUGUGCCAGGGCUUUGCAUGGACUACUUUAUACCUCCUGCCGAUAUCUAUGAAGCUAAUUCACCUUGAUUAAUCCAGCUAGAGACCAUUAACUUUGUAUGUAUUAAUUAAUCUUGUUUUCUAAUCAAAAAAAUAUUGAUACUGGAUAUGGGUUGAUUCGGUAUUUAAGUUUCAGAUGUAGAAUAUAUGCAGUGUUGGUCUUGGGGUGCAAUAAGCGGUUUUGGUUAUGUAUUUUGUCUUUCAAAUCUCAAGAGAUUUGCCCUUCA